CGACUGCAGCAACACUGACCAAUGCAGUUCCUCUGUCACAAUUUGAGGGUCACGUCACGUGACUCCGUGAAAACGGCCGAAAAAAAAUCGCCCUUUUCACGACAGCGUGACACGCAAACGGCGCGACAGGCAUUUCAUACGGACAGCGGUAGUGAGAGGGUCUGAGGGUUGCUGUUUGGGGCAGGGUGAGGGCGGAGGAGGCGGCGCUGCCAUUCCCUGCGUGUGGCUGGUUUCCUGUAUCCUCGCUACCCCCGGCUCCCGCUUCCUUUCUCUUGGCUUCCAGGACUUUAUGCGAGGAGGGUCCACCCCGGAGCUUGUCUGCUCUCGGCUGGGGCAGAAACGGGGGGGAGACGGGUGAAUUUACCCUCCCCCUCAGCGAGUUCGGAGCUUUUCUCCCCUUUCCGUUCCCCCAGGUGCUCGGACGGGAACAGCCGGAAAGCGAAAUGGCGUCCAACACGGACAGGGAGAUCAUUUUGACCGACUAUCAGGACCCCAGGAGCAGUAUAGUCGCUGAACCCAUGGGUAUUUUUCCAAAAAUUGACUUUUCAGAUCCAUUAGCUCAGCCACAUUUGGAUGAGAUGAAGGACCAGAUAAAGCGUGAAAUUAGAAAAGAACUUAAAAUCAAAGAAGGUGCUGAAAAUCUUCGUAAAGUCACUACGGAUAAAAAAAACUUGGCUUAUGUGGACACUAUAUUAAAAAAGUCUAACAAGAAACUAGAAGAGCUUCACAACAAUCUGCAAGAACUAAAUGCACAUAUUGUAAUGCGAGAGGCCGAGAAUCUUCCAGAUUGUCCAAAAACUCCAGAUACUCCUAAAAGUGACUCUGGCUCUUCUGCUUUUAAUGGAAGGCUGAUAGCAUUGCAAAAGCAGCUUGACAUUGAGUUAAAAGUGAAGCAAGGAGCUGAAAACAUGAUUCAGACUUACUCUAAUGGACAGUCAAAAGAUCGGAAACUUCUUGGCACGGCUCAGCAAAUGCUCCAGGAUAGCAAGACAAAAAUAGAAGUAAUACGCAUGCAAAUUCUACAAGCCAAUCAGCAGACUAAUGAGAUGUCCUUUGAUAAUGAAAAACCUGUGAUAAGUCCCCUUGAGCUGAGAAUGGAAGAACUACGGCACCAUUUUAGGAUAGAAUUUGCUGUAGCUGAAGGGGCAAAGAAUGUCAUGAAGCUUUUAGGUUCUGGAAAAGUUACAGACAGAAAGGCUCCUUCUGAAGCUCAAGCAAGAUUUAACGAGUCAAGUCAGAAGCUGGAUCUCUUAAAAUAUUCCUUGGAACAGAGACUCAAUGAACUUCCAAAAAACCAUCCCAAGAGCAGUGUUAUCAUUGAAGAGCUUUCCCUAGUUGCAUCUCCAACAUUAAGUCCACGCCAAAGCAUGACUUCUACACAGAAUCAGUACAGUACACUAUCCAAGCCAGCAGCUUUAACAGGUACCUUGGAAGUUCGACUUAUGGGCUGUCAAGAUAUUCUGGAAAAUGUACCAGGCAGAUCCAAGGCUGCCUCUGCUACCUUACCAGGGUGGAGCCCAAGUGAAGCGCGCUCCUCCUUCAUGAGCAGAACAAGUAAAAAUAAAAGCGGUAGCAGCCGGAACCUUCUUAAGACGGAUGAAUUUUCCAAUGAGGUCUGUGCUGUGUUAAAGCUGGACAAUACCGUGGUUGGUCAAACCAACUGGAAACCAAUAUCCAAUCAGUCAUGGGAUCAGAAGUUUACACUGGAACUGGAUAGGUCACGAGAGUUGGAGAUCUCUGUGUUUUGGCGAGAUUGGAGGUCGUUAUGUGCAGUUAAGUUUCUGAGACUAGAAGAUUUCUUGGACAACCAGCGACAUGGCAUGUGCCUAUAUUUAGAACCCCAGGGCACACUUUUUGCUGAGGUAACCUUCUUUAACCCGGUUAUUGAAAGAAGGCCGAAACUUCAGAGGCAAAAGAAAAUAUUUUCAAAGCAACAAGGCAAAACAUUUCUUCGUGCUCCUCAAAUGAACAUUAAUAUUGCAACAUGGGGCAGGCUGGUGAGAAGGGCAAUUCCUACAGUGAAUCAUUCUGGAACCUACAGCCCUCAGGUUGCUGUUCCUGCCGCUGUGCCUGUGGUGGAUCCACGGAACCUAGAACUUUCACCAAUCAGUGAAUCUACUGUAGCAAAGUUGGAUUUUGACUUAGAACCAGAAGCUCCUCCUGCUCCACCUCGGUCAUCUUCUCUUGGUGACCUCUAUCAGCCUUCAGCAGAACAUAAAACACCUAAUGUCCUAGUGCCGGAUAAAGGAACUUAUGAAAACUCAAAUAACAGAAAUAGCAUCAUUGGAAAGCAAACGGCAGAAGUAAAUAUUGAACCAGAAAUUCCAGUAUCCGAUAUGAACUAUAGCACGAGCGAAGAAUCCGAGGACAGACGGAUUCAGCAGCGUUUUCAGUUCAAUCUGCAGGAUUUCCAUUGUUGUGCUGUGCUUGGGAGGGGACAUUUUGGAAAGGUGUUGUUGGCAGAGUACAAAAGCACAAACGAGAUGUUUGCAAUCAAAGCCUUAAAAAAAGGAGACAUUGUUGCACGUGAUGAAGUUGACAGCCUUAUGUGUGAGAAGCGCAUAUUUGAAACUGUGAAUAGCGUACGGCACCCUUUCUUAGUAAACUUAUUUGCCUGCUUCCAAACCAAAGAUCACGUGUGCUUUGUUAUGGAAUAUGCAGCUGGUGGGGACCUGAUGAUGCACAUUCAUACUGAUGUGUUUGCAGAACCAAGGGCAGUAUUUUAUGCAGCCUGUGUCGUCCUUGGCUUGCAAUAUUUGCAUGAACACAAGAUUGUUUAUAGAGAUCUGAAGUUGGAUAAUUUGUUGUUGGACACUGAAGGAUUUGUGAAGAUUGCAGACUUUGGUCUUUGUAAAGAAGGAAUGGGUUUUGGGGACCGGACAAGCACUUUCUGUGGGACUCCUGAGUUCCUGGCUCCAGAGGUGCUUACAGAAACAUCGUACACCAGAGCAGUGGAUUGGUGGGGUUUGGGAGUUCUCAUUUAUGAGAUGCUUGUUGGUGAGUCCCCCUUUCCAGGAGACGAUGAAGAGGAGGUGUUUGACAGUAUCGUUAACGACGAAGUGAGAUAUCCUCGAUUUCUGUCAACAGAAGCCAUCUCCAUAAUGAGAAGACUUUUAAGAAGAAAUCCAGAGCGUCGUCUUGGUGCAAGUGAUAAAGAUGCUGAAGAUGUAAAGAAACACCCUUUCUUCAGACACACAGACUGGACCGCUUUGCUAGCAAAGAAAGUCAAGCCCCCAUUUGUACCGACCAUCAAAGGACGGGAAGACGUGAGCAAUUUUGACGAUGAAUUUACCUCAGAAGCCCCAAUUUUAACACCGCCCCGGGAGCCCAGGAUACUGACAGAAGAUGAGCAAGAAUCGUUUAGAGAUUUUGAUUACAUUGCGGAUUGGUGUUGAGGACAUUGGACACUGUGAAACUGGAGCAAAAUGGCAAAAUACUGUCCCCAGCCAUCUUGUGCCAUCGUCAGUUCCUGAUUAUUUUAUUUUUGAAAUCACAUGAAGAUUCUUUUAAAUUACUAUUUUAUAUAAACUCCGCUGAAGAGUGGCCACUUGCAACAUAUCCCCGCUAUUUUAUUAUUUUCUUUUAUUAUUUUAACGAGCACUGGAAGCCGUUUCAAGUCUGGUCCAGCUAACCCUACGGAUGCAGGCGCUGAGCUACAUAUCUGUACUGUACCCGCUCUUCUUCAUACUGGCACCCACCAUCCACAGCUGAAUAUUCUCUGAAUCAGAGUUGAGAGGAACCAAUCAAAUUAGAGAAGGUUAACUCUUUAUAAUGUUCCAAUGCUGUGCUAUGUUCAACCAUAACACUAGUAGUCACUUUAUAAAACACUGUCAGUAGCAGGAGGGUCCUCACACCAUUGUUGGACUACAGCAGCUCUUGUAUCGUCCAGGCAUUCUGGGAAUUGUAGUCCCAAGAAGAGUUGUGGCAGCAGCCUACUAACCUCGAUCUGUUGGAUUUCCCAUAACAAACAAGGUGUUAUUUUAGUGUGGUUUGUUUAAGUGAAUGAUUUAUCCAAAAGAAAAGCCAUAUUCUAGGCAUCCCUCUGGUUACCUGAAAUGUCAAGUUGGUUGUUGCUGGGCUGUGGUUUAGAACUAAGGAUGUAUGAAUCCAGGAUUUGGUUCGGGAUUUGGCCUUUUUCAGCAGGAUUCAGAUUCGGCCGAAUCAGUCUGCCCGGGCCGAACCAAAGCCUAAUUUGCAUAUGCAAAUUAGGGGGCGGCAGGGAAAUUGCAUGACUUUUUGUCAUGAGACGAGGAAGUGAAAAAUGUAUGCCCCUUCCCAUCCCCAAUUUGCAUAUGCAAAUUAGGAUUUGGUUCAGUAUUCAGCCGAAUCUUUUGCAAAGGAUUCGGGGGUUCGGCUGAAUCCAAAAUAGUGCAUUCGGUGCAUCCCUAUUCAGAACCCAAAUUUUUCCAGGCCUUUAAGACAUGCAAGCCCACUGUCUCCCUGCCAUUUUGCUUUGAUUUUUGUGAUUAAAACACAAGUCAAAAACGAUGUUCAGCACAAGCCCUAUGCAUUGAUCCCAUGUUAAAAAGAGAGGUAUACUGCCCCUUCAAGGAAGGGCUUAUUUUGAGUUUGAUGAGCUGAAAAAUGGCAGGGAGAUAAACUGAUUAGAACCGCCCUGUGUGUUCAUUGCCCUUAGACCUUCAGUGUCUUCGGGACAAAGUAGAAAAUAGCCUUAAAGGAUGGUUCACCUUAAGUUAACUUUUAGUAUGUUCUAGAACGCCCAAUUCUAAGCAAAUUUUCAAUUGGUCUUCAUUAUUUAUAUGUUAUAGUUCUUUAAUUAUUUGCCAUUUUCUUCUUACUCUUUGCAGCUUUCAAAUGGGAUUCACUGACCCCAUCUAAAAAUGAAUACUCUGGAAUAGGAGAGGACCUGAAUAAAAAUGAGUAAUAAAAAGUAGCAAUAACAAUAAAUUUGCAGCCUUACAGUCUCUUAUUUAAAUCGGUGCAUGGUUGCUAGGUCAAACUGGGGAGCUGCUGAAUAAAAAGCUAAAUAUGCAAAAAUUGCAGGUAAUAGAAAAUGAAGACCAAUUGCAAAUUACCUCAGAAUAUCCCUCUCUAAAUCAUACUAAACUUUAACUCAAAGGUGAACAACCCCUUUAAGGUAAGUUUGACUUCCUGCCAUUGAGCAGUGGGAUUAGCUGCACAAAUAAGUUCCCAUGGAUAUAGUGUUUUAUUUAGCUCCACGUUAAACAUAAAUGUGCAGAGCUGAUAUUCCUGCUCCUGACUGUUUGUGUAUAGUAAGCUGUGAAUUGGCUGCAACUAGGACAAGUUGUGUAUCAUCAGCCACAAGCAACUUGAGAUACUAAUGGGAAUGAUGUUUUUAUAUGAAUUGUUCCUCCUGUUCACUUUUAGCAGGCUUUUUACAGUUUUGACUAUUUUCAGAUUUCAGCCGAUGCCUUUUAAAAGUCGUAGAUAGUUAAUUUCACUUCUCAAUGCCUUAAAUGUGUUUAGGUAUUUGCCAACUUGCCUGGCUCUGCCACUAGGUGUCCCUGUUUGUUUAGUGUCAUAUCGAGGCUACAGCUUGGAAUCAACAAUUCUAUUUUAAUGGGAAGCUGUGCUCUUUGGUUCCUUUCAAUGACCUAGUGCUGUUGUAGUUUGCUGCAUGCUGGGCCCUGAUUAUUUCUCCUAUAGCACAUGUUUAUUGUACCAAAUCAAACAGCCAUAACUUCCUUUCUAUGGUCCCCACGCAGCUUUACUCCAGUCACAGCUAAUCACACUAAUGUAGGUACAUGAGGGCAAUAAAAAGGUUGAAUGUACUUUAUUUUGUCUUAUUUUAUUUCUAUUUCUUGAGCUAGACAGGGAAACUGAAGUUACUCCAUGUUUUGUUCUUGCAAGAUAGAUCAUUAGAUUCCCAGUGCCCCUGUAUAAUAGACAUCUAUUUAGGGGAGAUUAGUCGCCCAGCAACAAAUCUCCUCUUUUUUGGGCAACUAAACUCCCUGAAAUGGCUUCCUGCCGGCAAGAAUUUUUCGAUGUUACCCGAAGUUUCCUCAUGAGAUGACUUUGGAAAUGUUGCCAUUCUGCCAGUGAUUCACAUUCUUGCAGACGGGAAGGCAUUUCGGGGAGAUUAUCCAAAGAAGAGGAGUUUUGUUGUUGUGUGACUAAUCUCCCCCGAAUCUUACCAUGUGCUAGAGUCCUGCAGCAGAAAAAGUGGGUGACCUGCAGGUUGCGGGUAGAAGUUUCGGGUGCGGGUAUAGACACAGGUCGUGGGUCUUCUCAAUAGCAAGUUUGACUCCUUUUUUCUGAUCACGCCUACUUCCGAUGAUGUCCCUUCCUGUUUACAAUGACAGCACUUCCUAAAUCAUGACGGGUUGGGUAACGGGUCCAAGUGUGUAGGAUGUGGUUCAGAUUUGCGGGUCCCAGGUGGGGUUUAACAAAUUGGUUCCAUGCAGAACUCUACCGUGUGCCACCAGCUUUAUCUGUGCAGCGGUAACUCAUUAUCUACCCCACAAGGACCAAACAUGGAGUAGCUUUGAUUUCCCUGUAUUGCUGAAUAAAUAACUAUAUCCAUAGAUUUUUAAUGAUUAAAAUAGGAAAACGUACAAUGUACAGAAACCCUAAUUAUUGCUCUUGUGUUGAAAACUGCCCCUUUAAUGGACAUGUACUUGCCAACUGCUUAACAGGCAGAACAGUUGGGGGAAGACAGAUACGGAAAGGUGCAUUGUGGGAGAUAAAAGUUCAUUGUGGGAGAUAAAAGUUCAUUGUGGGAAAUAAAGGUGCAUUAUGGGAAGUAAAGAUGCAUUCUGGGAUGCCUCCUUGUAUUCAGUCUGGCCAAUGGGAAGUGUGGCACAACUCGUUAUAAUGAAAAUAAUCUGAGGUGCAGCAGGACUUGAUACAACUAUUUGUACUGACGCAAAACACACAGAGGCAACCGCUGCAAAUGAUUUGAUUUUUAGUUGGCUUUGUGGGAAAGGUGCAGAAAGGUUGAGUCAUGUGACAUGUGCAGCCUGUCUCCCACCUCUUGUGUGUUUUUAUUAGAAAAUGAAAAUGUCACCUGGAUUUCAGUCCUCAUUUGUUUUACCCUGUACUGAAUGACGAGAAGUAAUGCUCCAGAUGCAGUCGUUGGACUAAUAUGAUAUCUUGUAUUCUUCAUUAGUUCCUCCAGUCGUCCAGAAAGGCAAACCAGGUGUCACUAGUUCAUAAAGGAGCUUGGCCUGUUUUACUGCAGCCAUCUUGCUUGCACAUAAUCCCGGGAUUUCCUUCCUUUCCAUUCAUAUUUAUGCAUUUCUAUUGUUUGUAACGUCAGCUUGUGCCUCCACUUCACCCCCUGGUGACUCUCUCUAGUUGUACACUAACAAACAUGACGGCCCACUGGAUUUUCCUUUUUAUUGUUUAGCGCCUGAGGUUAAAAGCAAUAUGUUGUGACAGAAUGUAUAAAUAUUUUUGAUAAAAAUGUAUAUUUUAUAAUGCUAUUGUAACACUAACUGUAGCCGUACCUCAAACAUUAGAGAACAAAGCUCAUCUUCAUUUAUUUGCUGCUUAACGGGAGCGUCCGGCCUUCAGAUCCCUCCCGGCAGUAGCAAUUUGUAUAGGUGCAUUUUCAUUGGACAGUAGGUAGUAACUCAUAUUUCUCUGUAUGGAUCACAUUCCCUUAUCAUGUUACUGGAAUGAUCAAAGUAUUGUCAAUGGCAUGUAAAAGAAAUGCACUACGCAGCAAAACAGAGUACCUCAAAUCACCCAUCAGGCCACCGUAGUUUUGGCAAUUUCCAUUCAAACUGACAGACGUGACUUUACAAAAAUAUAUAUUAUUUGUAGGCAAUGCUAUUAAUUAAUCCCAGAGUGUCGCUCAGCAGGUUGGGUAGGUCUGUAUAAAAGCAAUCGUGUCUCAUCAUAAAUAUCCUUUAUGUCAAAUAGUCCAGCAAAGCAGAUCAGCAGCUGACGAGGGAAAGCGAUGUUACAGUUCAGCUUUGCCUCAGUGACAGUGUGGGCUGUUUAGGGCAAGGCCAGACGUGGCGUUUUUAAAAAAAAGCUCCAUCGGGUCUAAAUACGCCACGUGAAACACACACGACCUCCAACAUGCGUUUUUCAGCAUGUAGGUUUCUUUUCCCAACAUGCACUUCUCAUUGUUCUCGUUCUCCAGAAUUCCGCUGGCUGGAAAAACUAUGUACAUGCAAAAUGAAGCAAAACGCAACAUAAUUUCGUCACCAGCCAUAAAAACGUAUAUGCGUCAUUUAUCUCCCGAGAAUUUGGACGUCACAUUUUAAAUACGCAGCGUAUUUACAUAAAGUGUGGUUUCAAACGUGCAGAUCCCAUAGAGUCUAUUGAUUUGGUCAUUUCUUUAUGUAUUGGUGUUUCUGCUAAAAAAAAAAAAACAAAAAAAAACCCCCACCAAUACUGGCGUCCCGUGGUGGGUCUCAGCUUGUAAGCGCCCUGUGAGAAUUGCUAUAGUGAGUUUUAGUGGUAGUGCAGUUUGUGUAUUCAUGUACAACUGAGGUUUUUUUUAUUUUGUUUUUUUUAAAAAAACAAAAACACCAUGUCUGGCCUUGCCCUUAUAGGUGUGAUAUUAGUGUGUGUGUUUGAGCUUUUGUGCAGGAACCGUGCUCUACAAUUCACCUCCAGCCUUUGCUCUGUACAACACAAUCAUACGUGGCUGCUAUGGCUACACAUGUAACUUACACGCAUGGAAAAUGACACAUCUUUCUCAUUUCCCUUUCAUUUAGCAGCAGCAGCUUUGUUUCUAUUACAUUGUAUAAAUGACUCUUCAUUGGCCAGCUGAUAUUGAUGAUAUUCUGUUUAUCUCUACUGAUUGUACCAAUGUUGCACACAGGCAAAUGGCAUGUACAAAGGAAUAAAGCAAUUGGCUGGAUUAGUCCUGCAGUGGAACUUUACAGAGCAUGGCUGCUGCUCCUGAGGAAAUCCACAGUAUUAGUAGCUGAUAUUUUUUUAUUUUUGUUAAAUCAUAGCUUUUCCAUAAACAUGGGGUCACCAGCCCUUACCAAACCCCAACUCUCCCAGUAUUUUAAAAAUGGUGGUGUGUUCCCCUGGGUGAGAGAAUCUUGUGAGCAGGUACCUCGUAUUACUCCUACUUGUAGCUGGUGUCAAACAAAUCCCUGUAGAAUCCCUCUCCAAGCACACAAUGUACAGAACUGUGUUCAUCUAAUGGAAUCACUAAUUAGUAACCAGGGAAUGUCACAAACAGAAGCUGAAGAGAAGCACUAAUUUUAUCUUUGUAGGAUGUCCUAUUGUUUUUUUUACAGAUAACUAUUUUUAGGCAAAUUAUGAUUUUAAACUCUAGAUUGUAAAUAUAUUUUGCUAUAGCUGUAAGUGGCUGCUCAAGCACUUUGUAAGGAAAUUAGAAUAUUUUUAGGAUGGUACACUAUGCAUUGAUAUGAAAUGUGCCUUUAAGAAAAUGUCAUUCUCAAAAGGAGUGUUUUGCAGUCAUUAAAUCCUAUGAAUGCACAAAUUAAACCAUUAAAUAGACUCAA